CUUUGUAUGCCUCUAUCUUGAACGAUGUUAGUGUAUUGUAGCCCGUUUAAGGCAGUGUGGGACUGGAUUGUACUGGUUUUAGUCUUGUACACGGCGGUGUUUACACCCUACCAGACCGCGUUUCUCCUGAACGAAGAAGACACCACCAUGCGGCGGAACCGUGAUUCCGGAACGCGCACGGAAAGUCCCCAGUCUUACCGAGCGAACCCACUCGUAAUCAUUGACUUGAUUGUCGACUUGAUGUUUAUAGCGGACAUUUUUAUCAACUUCCGGACCUCGUAUCUUCACAAUGGCGAGGUGGUGAUGAACCAGAGGCGUAUAGCGAUCAACUACCUCAAGGGCUGGUUCGUCAUUGACACCAUUGCCGCUCUUCCUUUCGAUCUGCUGCUCUUUGGGUCCGGCACAAGUGACACGAUGACGAUCGCGGGGAUCCUUAAGACGGCGCGUCUUCUGCGUCUGCUACGCGUCAUCCGGCGCAUAGAGCAGUUUGCUGAAUACGGAGCGGCGGUGUUGCUUCUCCUCAUGGUGACCUUCACCCUGGUCGGUCAUUGGCUCGCCUGCAUCUUCUACGCCAUCGCCUACUGGGAGCGGCCGCACCUGGAGUCCGCAAUAGGUUGGCUAGACAAGCUGGCGACCAAUAUCCACGAGCCGUACGUCGCAAACGUCACUGACAGCGGACCCAGCGUCAAGACGUAUUAUAUAACGGCGCUGUACUUUACGUUCACCUCCCUCACCAGUAUAGGAUUCGGCAACGUCUCCCCAAACACCAACGCUGAGAAGAUAUUCUCCAUUUUCGCCAUGCUGCUUGGCUCUCUUCUAAGCGCCGCCAUCUUUGGUAACGUUAGCUCGAUCAUGAUGAGAGUGUAUCAGGGGUCGGACGAAUACCACGAGAAAACCCAGAGCAUCAAAGAGUUUAUCAACUUUCACCAUCUUCCCAGAAACCUCGCUUCGCGUUUACAAGAGAGCUUCCAGCACACAUGGGCGUAUACCAAUGGCAUCGACAUGAACACAGUUUUAAAGAGUUUUCCGGAGUGUCUACAGGCGGAUAUAUGCCUUCAUCUGAACCGGAACCUGCUUAACAACUGCCCCGCCUUCCAGAGAGCCUCGGCAGGGUGCCUCCGCGCGCUGUCUCUGCAGUUCAAGACAACACACGCUCCUCCCGGGGACACGCUGAUCCACCCCGGGGAUAUCCUCACCGCCCUGUACUUCAUCGCCCGCGGGUCCCUCGAGAUCGUCACGGAGAACAAUGUCAUGGCAAUACUCGGUAAAGACGAUAUUUUCGGUGGGGAUGUUCAAGACCUGGCCAACAGCGGGAAGUCUCUGUACUUUGUUCGCGCCCUUACCUACUGCGAUAUCAAUAAGAUCGAACUGUCUGUGCUAAAGGAGACGCUUUACACGUACCCGGAGUUCGCACAGGAGUUUAUGGGAAAGAUACAGGUUACAUUCAAUCUGAAACGGGGUGUGUUGACGGAAACCCAACAGCAGACGAAGAUGGACGACGAAACACUUAAAUUUAUCCGUCAGAAGCGACCGCACAUGCAGUCAAAAGGCAGACGCCAUGUCUAUGACGCCGACCGCACGACCGGUAGAUCCGGCUUCCGUAGAAAAGCGCGCCAGCAAACGGCGCCUCCGUCGUCUGACCCGGUAGACGACCAAGCGUCUCGGGCGAUCGAAAUUUCACCGGAACAAGCGUCUAGUGAUAUCGGCGUAGAUUUCGUGGAUAGAAGCAAGCAAGUCUCGUCGUCUGCGUGUACUGCUGCCGAUAGUUCGAGACUCCGGAUCUACCAGAAAUCACCACCGCGCAGGCGCAAAAAAUACAACAAGUCAGUCAUAUCAGUGUCAGACGAAACCGGAUGUGUGAGUGCACCGGAACAGGAAAUGACAUCAGAAUAUUGGCAUAAUAUUGACCGGAAGCUGAAUGUUCUAUCAAUACGAAUGCAGAAGUUCGAAACCCAACUCUGUGAUACCGUUGACAAUAUACUGCUGUUACUCGGUCACGUGCCGUCAGUGCCUAGCAACAACGCCAACGUAACCACGUUACAUAGCACCAAACAUCUGGACGACCCCGUAGAUACGUCAGAUCUCCUUCACUCGGACGCUUAUUGUCCAAAUAAACGAGGAGCUAAAUUGAUAAAAUCGCAUAAGGAACUGAUAAGAAUUAUCGAGAGCAUAUAACUUUAAUAUUAUAUUUAAUA